AUGAAGUUUACGCCGGGUCUAGUUUUUGCGGCACUUGCAGUUACUGCUGCUUAUGCCGAUACACCGAACACAUACCUACGCAAGGACGAUGAUGAUCUCAAGAUUGAUCUGAACGAGCUGUUUGGCGACACGAAGAACAUUGGCAAAAACGGCAAAAUCAACAUCUUGGAUCUGAUAGGCAGUAGCCUUGAUACAGAAUGGCAAAAGAAAUACUUAAAGCCGCAGCAAGCCGACAGUACGCUUGCAAAAGGCGAUGGUGCUUACAAGAGCGUCCAAAGCAAAGACGACUUGGACUCGGAAGACGAAGGUACCGUUCUGGCGAAGAGCGUCCGCGGCGUUUCCAAGCCUAACAUUCCUGCCAAUCCUACAGGUGAUGGCGGUGACACGAUGACGUCGCUGGGUGAAAGUACUUCAAAUUAUGAUGUAGAUUCCCCAGUAAACGAUGGAGCCGCGCACAAAAGUGUCAAAUUUGAUGACGACGGCAUGAUUGCUUCUGGGAAAAUUACGGUAAUGGCCGAACUAUCCAAGCAAAUGAACGAGUAUCUCGACGCGCAAGAGGCAUGCGAGGCAAUACAAUCUCAACCAGUGGAUCUUGGAAUCGAUAAUGAAAAAUUCGUGCACCCUAGCACUGGUGAAGAUCCCCUGGGAAAGUGUGCUAAGUUCUAUAGUCUCAUUUCAAAGCCCAUUGAUGUCGAGAAAUAUAAAUACGGUGUUGAAGAUUCCCUGGUAGAAAGUGGCAACGCGUACAAUGAUGCCUCAUCUGACGACGACGACGAAGACGAAGAGACACCUAAGGUCGAUGGUAAAUAUCCCCUGUCAAAGGAUGACGGUAUAAUUAAGGACGAUUCUGAUAACGACGACGACGAAGAGACACCUAAGGUCGAUGGUGACCCCGCAAACAAAGGUGUCCCGACCGUUCACGACAACGAAGAUGAUGCUGAUGACUUUUACUCUUCUAAAAAUCCCAAAGAGUCGAAGAAGAAGAAUGCUUCAGCUCCCAGUGUUGGUCAUCUGUUCGUAGAUUAUGGGGACGGUGUCAUUGGUGACGAGGAAGACACACUUGUUGUGAAGGAUUCAAAGGGCAAAACGCUAAUGAUGGAAAACGAUCCUACACAGAACGACCAUCUUCAGACGUAG